CAAGUCCUUUAAAGUAUGUGUUUUGUGAGGUCAGACAUAAUGUUGUUGUUUUUUUAUUUAAGGUUUAGUUAUUUAUGUAAAAGGCUUUUGAUUAGCUAUUUGUACACCUGACAAUAUCAACGUUUUUCAAAGUUUUACCAGCUAAAGUAAUUUAUUUGUGUGUUUAUAUUUUUAUGUUUUUUUACAUAUAUACAAAGAUAAUGCAAUGUCAUAUGGAACUUCCAACAGUACUAAAAUUGUGAGUGACCUGGGUAAACGUUUGCUGGAAGCAGCACGCCUUGGUGAUACAGAUGAAGUUAAUAAUUUAAUGUGCAAUGGUGCUCCAUUAACUACAGAUUGGCUAGGAACAACUCCUCUACAUCUAGCUGCCAUUUAUGGACAUGCAAGUACCGCUGAGAUAUUGAUAAAAUCUGGUAUCAGCCGGGAUGGCAGGACAAAGGUUGACAAGGCUCCACUUCACUUUGCUUGCCAACAUGGUCACUUUGAGAUUGUUAAAAUGUUGGUAAACGAAGGUGCCCACGUAAAUGCUGCUGAUAUGUUGAAGAUGACACCUUUGCACUGGGCUGUAGAAGCUAACAGUUUUGAUAUUUGUCUGCUCUUGUUAAAGGCUGGUGUUAGGACAGACAUGAAAAACAAGUUUCAUAAAACAGCAUUGGCGAUAGCACAAGAAAAAUGUUACCAAGCCAUAGUAGAACUUCUCAGUGAUGAAAAGUUCAAAGUAUUACAGGAAAUAGAUGUACUGCAUCAAAAGGUAUUACGCGAAAGAAAUAUAUCAUCAAUAAAGAUUAAUAGAUCUGAAAAAUUCGCCAACACGAACAUCAUGGUGAAGAAACCCAAAACAAGAAGGUUUCCAAUGGUUGCAGGAACUUGGACCGGCGGAGAAGCACGAACACAAGAACGUUUGGAAAUCAAUGAACGAAAAAAGUUGGGAAUAUUUAAAAGAAGGCAAUUCCAUCGAGAUGAUAUAGCCGCAUCGCUUCUUCGAAAUCUUCACCCCGCAUGUACGACAACAAUGAGCGAGAACAUUGAAGCAGAUGAUGCGCCCGCGGCGCUAAAUACUUCAAAACAUGAGGCGGGCAUCAACGAAGGAAAUCCACUUCAGAAGCUUGAACAAACCGUUCGUCAAUCAACAUUUCUUGCAAAAACCGUUUCUGAAUCUGCUUCGUCAACGCCUAUUUCAACCAUUACCCCUUCACUUCUCGCGUCACAAGCGGUUUCAUUUCCUCAUACAGCACUACAAUAUUCAUUGCACCCUCCUCCAGAGUUAAUGCAGCUUGGUUUAAAUCAGACAAAAUUUCCCCUUCAUCAUAAUGAAAUUCCAGUAAUAUCGUCUCUCGCUCUAAGUACACUCCCUUCAAACAUAAAAGCUAUACCUUUGAAUAUUACGGCAGACGAACUGAAGAAGGAAAGAUCUGUUAGUCACCAAAUGCAACCACCCGUUUUGCCGGUGCCGAUUGUUGCAUCUGCUUCGAAGCAAACCACAUCGCCAAAUGGUAUAAAUGUCAGUCCUGUUAAAAAUGACAUUGAGAUAGUAAGUACGGAUGGAUCAAGAAGCAACAGGUCAAGUCCUAUAACUUCCUCUGAUUGUCGAUCGCCUAUUCAAGAAGCGGAACAACAAACAGUUACUGUUAACAUCCCUGUGAGUGUGCUUGAUCAGAUCAUCGGUGGCAAUAUCACAUUGCAUGCGUUAAAUAACACUCCAAAUGAUUGUGAUACCUCUGUUAAAUCCUUAGCUGGUAUCGACACUGAAAUGGGUACCAUACCUCUGAUUCCUGUGUCUGGAGAGGGCGGCUUGAAGCUUAUACCUGUAAAAAUCGAAGGAAGCACUACUACAAAUAAGUUUACGUCAGUUUAUUCUGUUGCAGACGAUACCCUCGGUAAUGAUAAAUCUCUUUUACGUGGUUCGACUUAUCAACCUUUAAUGUCCCCCCAAUACCUGUCACCUCACCAACUAAUGGUGCCAGCUCGACAAACAAGCUUGAUGUCUACAAUGGCAAACCAAUUUCCCAUGGUUACACCUAGUAUCAGCAUGCUUGCAGCUCAUCAUGGUGGCUUUGACGUAGCAAAUGCUUUACUUGCUGGAAAACAAAGUUCGAUUACAGUACCUGGACCAAUGAGUAUCCAAGCACCAUCUCCAACACCGAUGUUAAUCCCCACAGGUGUGUACAUGCAGCCAGGUCAUCCAGCAUUUUUACAAAUACCAGGCCAACCUACCCUACUACAGCCUGCUUUAAAUCAAGGUUUUGUACAUUCUGGACUGAUACCGCCACAUAUUUUCCAAGGACAGGGUCAUCAACCCAUUUUUUCCUCUUCUUUACAACCUACACUGAUGCAUCGACCUGGACAACCUGUUUUAAUGCAUCCACCCACCUAUCCAGCUUUGAUGCAACCGCACGUACCACAGUAUCUGUACUUUGAGCAUCCAUCCAGCGUCCCCACAGCUCCGACUCAGAUAAUCUCGCAAGAUACAACGAAAGAAAAGUAUUCUUCAUCUUGAUAUAAUUCCUUAUUAUAGUCACAACGUCAGGUGGUACUGACAACCUUGUUUCCAGUGCUCAGUUUUGUUUUGUUUUAUAGCCUCAUCUCGAAGAAGUAAAACUAUUUUGGUAUAUGAAUAUUUAUUUCCAGAUAUAACUAUUUAAUAUAUGUUAUUACCAAAUUCUUUAUCGUGAAUUACACGGUACCUUAACGACACCUGUAUGUGUGAAAAACGCAAUUGAGAAAAGGUGACUAUAGUUUUUUCGGCAACAAAUUCUUUUCUUUUUUUUCCGAAAAUAUAUAGGUGGAAAAUAAUUUGCAUUGGUAUUUUGGUAUUUUGAGUUUGAGAAUUGGUAUUUUGAGAGGAAAAUUGGUUAACUUUUGUUUUGAAUUAUGCAAAA